AUGAUGGCCGACCAAGGCGGCGGCGGAGGAGGGAGUGGUGUUGGAGUUGGAGGGAUGAGGGAUUACAGGAAAGGGAACUGGACGGUGAGCGAGACGAUGGUGCUGAUCGAAGCCAAGCGGAUGGACGAGGAGAGGAGAACCAAGAGAGGCGGCGGAAGCGGGAGCAAGCCGGCGGAGCUUAGGUGGAAGUGGGUGGAGGAUUACUGCUGGAGGAAAGGUUGCUUCCGCAGUCAGAACCAGUGCAACGACAAGUGGGACAACCUCAUGCGCGACUACAAGAAACUCCGCGACUACCACCGCCGACUCACUACUACUACAUUCCCUCCCCCCGCCCCCGCCGCCACUUACUGGAAGCUGGAGAAGAAGGAGCGGAAGGAGCGGAACCUGCCCACCAACAUGCUCCUCCAGAUUUACGACGCCCUCGUCGACGUCGUCGAGAGGCGAGGCGGCGGGAGCACUACUUUCCAUCCGAGAUUAACUUCCCCUACCUCCGGCGAGAACAACUUAUUUGUUACGUCGCUGGCUAUAGGCAAUGUGAUGAUUGACAGAUCAACAACUAACGUUGUUAGUGAUCAACAACAACAGCAGGAGCAGGAGCAGGAGCAGCCGCCGCCUCCUCUACCUCUAUUGAUGAUGACUUCAUCACCCCACCAUCAGAUUCCACCACCGCAACCAUUGGCAGCGGUUCCUCUACCACCGCCACCUCUAAGCGAGUCUCCUCGUCAGCAGUCACCCACAAUGUGUGGUGAUGGUAGCUCAGAUGAAAGGAGUGAAGAAGACUACUCGGGCUCACCAUCACCUGCGCCUAAUAAGAGGAUGAGGACGUCAUUACCCGGCGGAGGCGGGACCGCAGCCUCCAGCCCGGCCACGUCAUCAGCAGGGGAGGAGGGGGAUGCUCGAGCUGGAGUAAUAGAGGGGAGGAGGGGGAUAUGGAGGAUAGUGGAGGCGAUUGAGGCGUGCGAGCAAGGACAAGAGCGGCGUCACAGGGAGAUGGUGAGGUUGCAGGAGCGGAGGCUCAAAAUGGAGGAGUCCAAGGCGGAGAUGACCCGCCACGGGUUGGUGGACGCCAUUAAUAAGCUCGCCAACUCCAUUCUAGCUCUCGCUUCUUCCUCCUCCUCCUCCUCCUCUUCCCCUCCUCCUCCUCCUCCUAAUUCCCAUAAUAAUAGCACCAAAACCCACAACAACCCUUCUACUUCUACACCCCCGCCACACUGA